CUCGGGCAGCAUGCGUUACUGAAUGUGCAAAAAAUAUGCUUUCGUUCUGCUGAUCUAUGUACGAAUAUGAUUGGGACUCCCUUUCUCCUUCCUCACUGUAGGUCUUUCUGUCGCUCGGAUGUUUGUGUGUAUCUAUCGUUGGCGUGUAGCGGAUUUCAGUAGUCUUGUUUGCUCUCGCUAUCGUUAUUGUUCUAUGUACGGUAGCCGCAGGUCAAGCGCGCCUGUUAGGGACAAAACCUUCCCAAAACCGGUGCCGCUAAUACGGUCUAUUGACACCCGUUUCGAGGAGCCUGGCAGUGCCUGCGAUGACGAUGGGCACAUCAUCCUCAUCUUUCCCGACAUGAAGUGUAUCCACGUCGAGGACAUGGAUUUAGCUGCGACCCUCGUCGGGUAAGUACUAGUAGAGCAUCGAAGGCCAAGGAGGGUGGCGACCCCAUCUUGAACUCAACCGUCAUCAUGCCGAAAUUCGAGUCAGCAGAUGACGCGGUACCGACGCGAACACGUACCUAGCAAGAGCGUGUUCGGAUACCACUCGGCUUCGCUUCUCAUU